AUGUCAGAGCUUGGGCAUCAGGCCCGAGUAGAAGAACUUUCAGCGAGCAGAGCAAUUCCCUCGACAGAUUUAUGGGCUGCCGCAACUCACCAGCUAAGCGAAAAAGAUUUGAAGGCGUUGCGAGACUUGAAGGGUUCUGCUGAUGGACCGCAAGAGCUCAUAGCCCUUGUCGAGAGACAGAAAUUAGAUUGUCAAUCCAAGCAAUGGGAGCUGAAGCGACGGCACGGCCAAAAAUCGAUUGUGUUGCGAGACGCUCUGAACAAGAUCACAGCAUGGAUACAGAAAUUUAUUGAGGUGGGCGAUGUCGUGGUGCAAUAUGACCCACAACAUGCAGCUCUACCGUGGGCGGGUGUCCGCUUCCUUCUUAAGGCUGCAAUUGCAGAUGCCGAAAAAUACGCUGCCGUUGUAGAAGGUCUGGAACGAAUAAUCAAACUCGUUGUUCGUUGUCAAGUGAUUGAGAACCUCUUUCGGGGGAAAGGUCACAGCCUCGAAUCGCACCUAGAGUCAUCUCUCGUGGACGCUUAUGCAUCUAUACUAAAAUGGCUUCUUGAAGCACGCCGAUACUUUGAGAAAAGCACCUCAAGUAUGCGCUCAAUAGAUCUCGACGAGGGGCAUAUUGUAUGUCUUGCUAACUUUGGAUUAGAAAGGAUUCUCAAAGGCGUCGCCAUUUUCCUCGACAAGUUUGACGAGCAUGGCAAAAGGCUCAGCUCUUGCGAAGACGAUAUUGAAAGCUAUCGUCGUCUACUGGCGGAUGCCAAAACCGAAUCUUUCGAAAUGGACAUGAAAGCCUUGUCUUUAGAAGGACGAGGAUCGCGACAGAAAUUGUUCAACGUCUUGAAGGAGCUCUCGGAGCCCGUUUGGCGGGGUAUUGCUCAGCUCGACGAGAUCAAAGCUAGCUUGGAUGAUUCCUCGCAUGAAAGUAUGCUUUCGUGGUUUUCGAACAUACCACACCGGCUUCAUCAUCGGGACGCAUUCAGUUCAGUACUCGCAGGUACCGGCAGCUGGUUUCUGGGCCACAGAAAGGUUGUCGAAUGGGCAGAUUCGAGUUUCCCUUCAAUAUUGUGGCUUCAAGCCGACCCUGGAUACGGAAAGACGAGGCUUCUGUCAUUGCUCGUAGAGAAAUUGCUUGCGAAAGCCGUACAUGAUGGAAGCGCUCUACCUAUUUUCUUUUACUGCACGAGAAGCGAACGUGAGCCUGAACGCGGCGAGUGCGUCAGGAUUCUGCAAAGCCUAGUCCGGCAGAUGGCUGUCCUGGGGCCAUCCAAGACACCACUCAAACCAGCGUACGAAGUCUAUGCCAAUCAUAAGCAUGAAGGAUUUCCAGCAAAUUCGCUGAACCAAGAAGAUUGCGUCAAUCUUAUAAGUCGCUUGAGUGAUUCCUGGCCACUCACAACCAUAAUUGUGGAUGCUCUGGAUGAGUGUGAAGAGGAACAAAAGAUCGACUUCCUUCAAGCGCUUGAGGAUAUUCAAGACAGAUCCAGUGGUCUACUCAAGAUCCUCAUUUCCAGCCGCGAGGAUCAGAUUCUCAGGCCAAGAUUGAAGGAUCAUCCACAUAUCACAAUCUUAGAAACAGAUAAUUGCUCUGAUAUAGAACACUUUGUGAAUCAUGAGGUCGAACGGAUAGUCAAGCAGCGUCGGCUCCUGAGAGGAAUCGUUCCAGACUCCCUCAUUCGAAAGAUUAAGCAAACCACGAUGAACAGGUCUAAUGGCAUGAACAAGCAGAUUACAACUUUAUAUUUCGUACUGACGGACGGUGAUGAUAGGUUUCGAUGGGCAAGCCAAUCAUUAGCCUAUCUAUGCACUUUCAAGCUCAGAGAUGAAGUCGAGGACCGUCUCGGUGAAUUACCCUCGAACUUACGAGACUUAUACAACAAGAUGUAUGACCGACAACGUUCAAUACUUCUGGCUGAAGAGGUUUCACUUUUCGAAAGCGUAUUUCGUUUGCUACUUUGCUUGCGAAAGAAUUUCUCGAGUGGAGAAUUCCUCAAAGCUUUGAAUAUCCACUGCCAGCGCCGUAAUAACCUCACCAGAGAAGAUCUACUUGACAUAUGCUUUAACUUCGUCAAAUAUGAUGAGCAAAUGGACAUCUUUCGCUUUGUGCAUCUAUCUGUCCAGGAGUACCUGGAGUCCAAUGUCAAUUUCAACCUCCAAAACUGCCACGAAGCAGCGGCGCUAUUCUGCCUGAGGAUUCUUUGCCAUGAUCUCCCAACUCAGGUAGAGACCAUUCAACAGUGGAAUAUCUCGGAAAGAGUAAGCCAAUCUCGCAGCCAUAGCUGUCUCGAUUACGCCAUCCGCACCUGGCCGUUUCACAUUUCUGAAGUGAAAUCAGAUCGAGCGACUGUUGAUCUCCAGCUGACCUUAUCGAAAUUCCUCGGCGUCGAUUCACCAAGGCAAUCAGCAUUCGCUGUUUGGCUCUGCGAUGAUCUGCGGUACGGGCAGGUGGAAAUACAUCAAGUCGAUCCAAAGACUGGCAGAGAAUAUUAUGUAAUGCUUAUGAGCCUCCAAAGGAUGCCAUUGAAAGCAGGCACGUGUGAUCACCUCCUUGAUGACUCUAGGAUUCUCGAUUUCGUGAAUCCUAUAUUCGCAAUUUGCAUCCUUAACCUUGGUAAUCUGCUCGAACGUUGGCUUCAGCGUAAUCCUCAUGAUGUCAACUUAAUCUCAGGCCCCACAGGAUCCAGCCCUUUCCAGAAAACUCGUCUCGUUACGCACGACGAGCCGCCAAUGAUGCCAUUGGAUCUAGCAGUCUCGUGGAACAACGUAGAAUGUAUGCAGAUCCUUCGGAACAAGAGCGCCAUAACAUAUGAGUCUAGCAAACACCCAGGUGUGGUUCUCCCACCACAGAACUUUGACGGAUCUGAUCAGUCCAUGAGGUCGGAGCUUUCUCAAAGUCUUUCGUCCAGGACUUGGUUCGUGUGUCAAUUGAGAAAGUGUUUGUACGAUGCCGCAAAUUCGAUGGUCCUUAGGAAUCUUACCUAUGAAUUUCAACCACAACUCUUAAAUCCUCCGCAAGCUGGGAUAGGAGUCAAAUUGGAAGUGAUAAUAGUGAAAUUUCGGCAAACAUCCGUUUUUGAUGUCACCUCGAAGACUGCUAAGGUCUUAGAGGCUAUUGAUGACAUUUUCAAACGUGAAGCAAACGUCCAUGUGGAGACUGAGCUGCAUUUACUAACUGCAAAACCGAGUGAGUGGGAAAUUGAUUGGACCGACAGCGACGAUGACUACAACUUCGUGUGCGCUUACCUACAAAAGGCGAAGCUGAGAUUACGAUGCCGUACAGCCUCUGAAGUACUCUCAAAGUAUGGUAUGACACCACACAUCAAGGUCGAACUACCUCACAAUCGGGUACGCACUUGUAUCGUAUGGACGAAUCAAGACGAGCACAUGGGCAAAGAACCUAAGCUUAAUAGAACGAGUGCCACGCAAAAUGUGAUUGCAGCACUUGAGAAUAGGCGUGACACUUGCGGCGGUCUUCUAAAUGGUGUCGGUGAGUGGUUUCCUGAGGCAGACUUUGAUUACAUGCCGGAAACGUGGCCCGAUCUCUCAAUCAAUGAUGAGGAGGACGUCAUUGAAGAAGACUCAAAUGACUGA